AUGAUGUUCACGGAGGGCCUCGACGAGUCGGCGAUCAGCUGGAUCAAGCAGGGCACGGACUCCCCAGCCCCCGCACACGCGCCGCCGCGGUCGCCGCUGGCGGAGCGCCCGCCGCUGGGGCAGGUGGCGGCGCCGCCGAGGAGCCCCGCGGUGCACGCUAGGCCGUGCGGGGCCGGCGCAGGCGUCGGUUUCUUCUCCCCCAAGGGCCUCCCGCCCGUGCGGGUGAAUGGGACGCGUCACUCGGGCCUGCUCGGCCGCCACUCCGUGCUUCUCUCGGCUGCGGACUCCGACGAGUGGGAGGACGAGAGCGUCGCGUCGUGGGGGAUGCCCGAGGACUGCUACGGCGGCGGCAACUUCUCCGAGACCGCCGACGAGGCGUGCUCCAGCGAUUCCAGCCUCAAGCGGAGGGCCAUGGACCGCUGCGGCGGAGGGUGGGACGAGGAGGUCACGUCGCAGCUGAGCAGGAAGGGCGGCGGCGGCGGGAUCGUGCGGGGGCAGUCCAAGGAGUUCCUGCGGGUGGAGGUGCGAGCGGCGGGCGCGUUCGCUGCCGCGAAGUGCUCCGGUUCCGGGGCACAAGAUCCAGUGGACUCCAUCUCGCAGGGACGCUACUUUGAGGGUCAGGUAUUGGGGACUCCUAGUGCCCCUCCAAUUGCAGGGGGCGAGGAGGAGGUCAUGUUUGAUGCAGCUGAAACGGCUGAAACGGAUGGAGGGCUUGAGAGGAAUGGAGUAUCAUCAGUAGCAGAUAUACUGGCCCAAGAUGCUCAUGAGCUUCCUACGAGCUCAAUUGUUCAUGAAGAUGGCGUUCAGAAUAACUUAUUAGCUCAGAUGCCGAGCUUCACCAUUAAUGUCCAAAAUGCAUGGCAAUCUUUUGUUGCAUAUGAUGCAUGCUUCAGGCUAUGUCUGAAUGCAUGGGCAAGAAACUGCAUGGAAGCUCCAGACUUCCUUCGGGAUGAGUGCAUGGUGCUGCGAAGUGCCUUUGGAAUACAGAAUUUCUUGCUUCAUCCAAAACACAAUAGUCAAGUUGACGGUAAACAAGUGUAUGAUAAGGAUGGAAGUUGUACUAUAAAGGGAAGGAAACUUGUUAAACAGAUUGAGAUUGAAGUAAAAAAGAUACGGGUUGUACCUCAAAGGCCAAAGCUUCGGGCAACAUCGUCCUUUAGAAAUCUCUACAUGCAAGCUGGCAGUGAGUAUGUCAGACAUAUUACUAAGAUUCUGAAGAGCCAGGUUACGAUGUUGACAUCCACAUCAUCUACAUCUUUGCCGGAAGAAAUGUUCACAUGCACUCUAGAAUUGCAAAGUUCUUGCAAAGGUCAUCAGAGAGAUUCAAUUUCUCCACAAUAUUUGAAGCCAGGGACUGGUGAAUCUCAACUCUUUUAUCUAGAGAGCCAGGGGGAUGUUAUUCUUGUUGAAGUACAAGACAACAAUAGGGUUGUCAUAGGCCGCUCGAAAAUUCAAGUUUCAUCAUUGACUGAUACUCAACAGGAUGAAAUCAUCAGGUGGUGGCCUCUAUAUCUUGAUGAUCAUGAUUGUGUGGGAAAAAUUCAGCUUUGUAUGAACUUAUCCAUGUCUUCCAACAAUUAUGGGUCCGAAAAGAUGCUGCAAGGUGGUCCCGCAGUGGAUACCAUCAUAUAUGACAUGGUUCUGGAAGCGGCAAUGAGGGCUCAAAAUUUCAACAGCAAAAUGCUUCAUAUCAGUGGUCCAUGGAUUUGGCUGUUAGAUGAGUUUUCUGAUUACUAUGGAAUAUCUGAUGCAUAUAGAAAAUUGAGGUACUUGUCUUAUAUCAUGAACGUGGCAAUACCAACCAAGGAUUGUUUGGAACUUAUAUACGAACUUCUUGUUCCAGUCACAAAAGCACGGGAAGAUAGAACUUUAACAAGACAAGAGAGAAGUAUUUUGAUAGACUGUGAAGAUCGGAUUAAGAGCCUCCUUGCAGCUCUGUUUGAAAAUUACAAGUCACUGGAUGAACAUUCUCCAACAGGCUUGUCAGAUUUAUUUGGCCCCAUAACAGACUCUGCUGCACCAGCUUUGGCACCUGCUGUUCAGAUAUUCAGUGUACUGCACGACAUUCUCUCCAAAGAAGCACAAGACAUACUUAGGAACUAUUUGCAGACUGCUGCUGCAAAAAGGUGCAGGAGGCAUAUGAUCGAGACAGAUGAAUUCUUAUCAAGCAAUAACGACAGCCUUCUUACAGACCCUAUGACUAUAUCUGCUGCAUAUCUUAAAAUGAAGACACUGUGCAUUAACAUAAGUCACGAAAUUCAAGCAGACAUUAAGAUUCACAAUCAGAAUAUACUUCCAAGUUCCAUAGAUCUGCCAAAUAUAGCAGCAUCCCUAUAUAGUACCGAACUAUGCAAGCGGCUGAAAGGUUUUCUUUCUUCAAGUCCCCCAUCAAGACCAGUACAACAUGUUGCUGAACUGAUAAUCGCAACUUAUGAGUUUGAGAGAGAUCUUGAAUCUUGGCAAGUGAGACCUGUUCAUGGCGGUGUAAUUUCGAGACAGCUGUUUCAUGACUACAUCAUGGUGUGGAUUGAAGACACUCGAUUGCAGUUACUUGAUAACUGCAAAGUUGAGAAGAUAUCAUGCCCUGCAGUGUCAACAAUCUCACCAUUUGUUGAGCAAAUGUAUGAGCAAAUAAAAGAGAGCAUAAAUGAGUAUGGAGUGGUUAUCAAUAGGUGGCCCCAAUAUCUGAUGAGUUUAGAGAGUGCUGUUGCUGAUGUUGAGAGAGAAAUUAUGAAGGCACUGGAGAAGCAAUACAUGGAGCUUUUGAUGCCUCUAAGAGACGGCAUACCAGAAAAAAUUGAGAAGCAGGUCCAGAGAUUAACAAGAAGACAAUCUAUAGCUCCCUAUGUUGUGCCAAAUCAGUUAGGAGCAUUCAUGAACACAGUAAAAAGGAUGCUAGAUGUAUUACACUGCCGAGUCGAAGACAUUCUCAAGUCAUGGGGAGCGUACCUUACUAUAUCAAGUGGGAACACUGUUUUUGGAGAGCAAAUGAACUCCAUCACAGUCAUGCUGAAGAAGAAGUACAAGAAAUACCUGCAAGCCAUAGUGGAUAAGCUUGUCAGCAAUGCACAAGCCAACCGGAAUACGAGGCUCAAGCGAAUUCUUGAAGAAACAAGAGAGGCUGAUGGUGAAAGUGAUAUACGAGAUCGGAUGCAGGCUGUCCGCCUUCAGCUCUCAGAUUCCAUUCACAAUCUACAUGAGGUCUUCUCCAGCAGAAUAUUUGUUGCUAUUUGCCGAGGUUUCUGGGAUCGGUUAGGCCAGAUCGUGUUGAGAUUUCUGGAGAGCAGAAAGGAGAACAGGAUUUGGUACCGCGGGUCUGAUUAUGCUCUAGGGAUCCUUGACGAUGUCUUUGCAUCAGAGAUGCAAAAGCUGCUGGGCAACGCCCUGCAGGACAAGGACCUGGAUCCACCGCAGUCAGUGAUCGACGCCCGCUCCAUCCUCUGCUAG